AUGGCUCCUCCUCCUCCAACUGCUGUUGAAUCAGCUAUCAACUUUGCUGACCAUCCAAUCCUCAAGUCUGUUGAAGACCCAGUUGUCGAACAAUUAUCCCUCAACCCAGAUACUAUUAUCAGACACAAUGCUGCCCCAGCUACUCUUUACGAAGAUGGUUUAUUAGAAAAGGGAACCACCAUUUCUUCUACUGGUGCUUUAAUGGCUUAUUCCGGUUCCAAGACUGGUAGAUCUCCGAAAGAUAAAAGAAUUGUCGAUGAAGAAACCUCUUCUCAAAAUAUUUGGUGGGGUCCUGUUAACAAACAAGUUGAUGAAUUAACUUGGAAAAUUUCCAGAUCAAGAGCUCUUGAUUACUUAAGAACUAGAGAAAAAUUAUUCGUUGUUGAUGCUUAUGCUGGUUGGGAUCCAAGAUAUAGAAUCAAGGUCAGAAUUAUCUGUGCUAGAGCUUACCAUGCUUUAUUCAUGACCAAUAUGUUGAUCAAACCAACUGAUGAAGAAUUAAAGAACUUCGGUGAACCAGAUUUCACUGUCUACAAUGCUGGUCAAUUCCCAGCUAAUGUCCACACUAAAGGUAUGACUUCUUCUACUUCUGUUGAAAUUAACUUCAAAGAUAUGGAAAUGGUUAUCUUAGGUACCGAAUAUGCUGGUGAAAUGAAGAAGGGUAUUUUCACAGUUAUGUUCUACUUGAUGCCAAUCAAGCACAAGGUUUUAACUUUACAUUCUUCUUGUAACCAAGGUGUUGAAACUGGUGAUGUUUCCUUAUUCUUCGGUCUUUCCGGUACCGGUAAGACUACUCUUUCUGCUGAUCCAAAGAGAGAAUUAAUUGGUGAUGAUGAACAUUGUUGGUCUGACAACGGUGUCUUCAACAUUGAAGGUGGUUGUUAUGCUAAAUGUAUCAACUUGUCUGCUGAAAAGGAACCAGAAAUUUUCAAUGCUGUCAAGUUUGGUUCUGUUUUAGAAAAUGUUGUCUAUGAUCCAUACACCAAGGUUGUUGAUUACGAUGACUCAAGCAUAACUGAAAACACUAGAUGUGCUUACCCAAUUGAAUAUAUUCCAUCUGCCAAGAUUCCAUGUUUGGCUGAUACUCACCCAAAGAACAUUAUCUUGUUAACUUGUGAUGCUUCCGGUGUCUUACCUCCAGUUUCCAAAUUAGACAAUUCUCAAGUCAUGUACCAUUUCAUUUCUGGUUACACCUCCAAGAUGGCUGGUACUGAAGUUGGUGUCACUGAACCACAAGCUGUUUUCUCUGCAUGUUUCGGUCAACCAUUCUUAGUUUUGCACCCAAUGAAGUAUGCUCAACAAUUAUCCGACAAGAUUUCCGAACACAACUCCAAUGCUUACUUAUUAAACACUGGUUGGGUCGGUGCUGGUUUCAAGGAUGGUGGUAAGAGAUGUCCAUUGAAAUACACUAGAGCUAUCUUGGAUGCUAUCCACUCUGGUGAAUUAGAAAACGCUGAAUAUGAAAAAUUCCCAGUUUUCAACUUGAAUGUUCCAAAGGCCAUUUCUGGUGUUCCAUCUGAAUUAUUAAACCCAGCCAGAUCUUGGGUUAAGGGUGCUGAUGCUUUCAACACUGAAGUUAAAUCUCUUGCUGCCAAGUUUAACGAAAACUUCAAGAUUUACUCUGAUGAAGCUACUGCUGAAGUUAAAGCUGCUGGUCCAGAUGCUUAA